AUGGCUAAAAGCAAGGAGUGGCUGGAGCGGUGUGGCGGUGGACCCGUGCACAUGGGUCAUCCCUUUACCAAAGAACGGCUGAAACACCAUCCGGCCUCUUGCUACCCAUUUGAGAAUAUCGACAGCGGCAGGGAGAUGCUGUAUGAGCGAUCUGACAUGUCAACUGAAACAAAUCUCGUCAAGGAUAUGAUCGAGUACGUGAUUGAGAAGGACUACAUGGAAGAAGGGAAAACCGGUGAAGAAAGUGAGGCAAUUGUGUCACAUUCUUGCCUAAAACACUGCAAGUAG